AACUCACCAGGAUGAAAUGAAAGAACAAAAAUCAGACCGAUCCAUAUAUCAGGAUAGCCAUACUAUGUGAACAUGGAUGUUUGAGGAUCAUUUUACACUGUUCCCAUUAGUGUGACACGUAAUAAUUUUAUAUGAGGAUGAUGAUAUUUUAUAUUUACAGUUAAAAUAAUUAAAAUAAUCUGAUGAAAGGAGUGGAUUUUCAUAUAAAAUAUGGUGGGAACCACAUAUGUUGGGCGUUAUACGCAGGUGUUGUCCAAUGAUUCCGGUCCCCAUCGUAUCCUCUGUUUGGCCCCAAAAUUCCUCCAUCCACGCCAGCCAGCCACUGCCCCAAAAUGGAAAAUUGCAUGUGACGAUUUAUUCGAUACUCUGCAAGAGUACGGUAAUCCAUACACAAGCGCACAGUUUCUGUAUACGUCGCACACCCAUGUUCCAAUCCCAGCCGUCCAAUUAGUGGGUCAGAAUGUGUAACGGUUAUAAGCCAAAAUCAUGUAAGACAUAUAAUUCUAACUGUCAGAUUGUUGGGUAUCAAAUGGGUGGUAGAAAAACGUUCAAUGAGCCAAAUAGUCAGAGAUCAGGAUCGUUUGAUGGUGUGUUGCCGUGUAUGAAUUCAGCCAGCCUGAGUAUCAAACAUGGUAUCGAGCUCUGCCAGAGUAGAAUGAGACUCCUCGCAAAACAAAAAACCCCAAUCCUUCCGAAGAGCAGUCCCAUCUCUCGCCCGAUGAGUACUUUCUUCCUACUUCAAUCCCAAAAACCCUACAAAAAAUCACCGUGAGAGAUCAAACAUCAUCCAUCUUCACAUCCCAACCAAACCAAUUUCAUAUUCUCGAAUACCAAUUAUCAAAAAAAAAAAAAAACUGAAAAAACCAGAUUCAAAAUCCCAAAAUGAAAUCGAGGUAAUCCAAUCCAUCUAAAUCUUACUUUGGCUUUUCUUCCCCUCAUUUUCAAACCCAUCAAAAUACCAGAAAACCCACAUAAAAGAAAAUCUCUAUCUUCUUUCCCUCUUCAAUCCCUCCAUUAAAAUCAUCAAAGAAAAGCCCUACCUACCCAGGAAAAAAACCCACAAAAGAACAAAAAAGAUCCUGUCUUUCUCCUUCUUUACUCUUAGCAAAGAAAACCCAGAAGCCAAAAUCCCCAGAAAAAUUCAAAAAAAAAAAACAAAAAAAAACCCCCAUAUUUCUCUCCCUCUCUCACCAGAAACAAAAAACCUAAAAAAAAAAAAUCCAUGGCAGAAACUGCCUUCUCGCGCCUCUCUGAUGACGUCGUCCUCAACAUCUUCCUCAAGCUCGAAGACGAUCCCCGCAACUGGGCACGACUUGCAUGCGUCUGCACCAAAUUCUCCAGUCUCGUUCGCAACGUCUGCUGGAAGAACAAAUGCUCCGAGACCAUCCCUUCUGUCGUAUCCGAUCUCCUCGCCGCAGGUGGCUGCGGUCCUUACACACCUGCUGCUGAUCCCCCCGGCGGCUGGGCUGCUCUCCACAAGCUCUCCAUCUGCUGCCCAGGCCUCCUCCAUGCUGGCAUCCUUUUGGAGAAUUCCGACUUCGGCCUUGAGCGCGAGAUUGGCCCCGAUGAGAAUUACCGCAGAAUUGAAACAAGGACCCCGCCCCUCCCGUCUUCUUCGGGCCCACCAGCUUCCCUUCAAUCUGCUCUAGUAAGUGCAAUCCAGUCUUCUGAUUCAGGUUGGUCACUUUUUGAUGAUCUUUAUUUCGAUACUGUCUACGACGAUUCCGAGUCUCACACCGCCGCCGCCGUUGGUACAACGGCAGCGGACGAGAUUGAGAGGGCUGUCAUCGAGGUAGGCCACGAGAUCUCAGUUACUAAUAAGAGAAGGAAGCUAUGUCAGGCUGUCGAAUCGCAUUUAGCCUCCGGGGCUUGGAAUCUGAGCCGGGAGCAAGGGAACAAGCUGCUUGCCAGCCGGUUCCGGGGUGACUGCUUGUAUAUCUGUGAUUGGCCUGGAUGCGUCCACAUGGAGGAGAAGCGUAAUUACAUGCUUUUCCGGGGUGUUUUUAAGAAUUUCAAGCGGUCGAGGGUGUGGAGGACCAUCAACGACACGAACCGGAAUAAGAUAACAUUGGAUUGCGCAUUCUGUUCUUGCAAGGAGACGUGGGACCUGCACUCCGCUUUCUGUUUGAGGCGGGUUUUUGGGUACCAUGAUGACGGCGAGCCCGUUGUUCGGGCAUAUGUUUGCGAGAACGGGCAUGUUUCGGGGGCAUGGACAGAUAGGCCGAUGUACACAUAAAGUAAAUUUGCCCAAUUUUGUGGGUAUUUUAGCUGUCGAAUGGUAUUUCUAUUAGCUAUGUGUGGAACUAUUGUAUGACUUGUUUGUGAGGUUUGUUUAUUCAUGCUGGUAAAGAACUGAAGAUUUGUUGA